GCGGCAAACAUCGCCUCAGAUUUCGUGACCUCAACCGAAUUCGACACCAUGCGCUCUGUGUGCAAACCCAUACCGAACACCAUGACUUUAUGCCAAGGAAUCGGGUACAAUGAGAUGCGUUUACCGAACCUUCUGGGUCACGAGAGCACUAAAGAAGCACAGCAACAGUCUGGCGCGUGGAUACCCCUCGUCAGCAAACUUUGUCACCGCGACACCAAGAAGUUUCUCUGCUCUCUCUUCGCCCCCGUGUGUCUGACGGAGCUAACGGCGCCGUUGCGUCCGUGUAGAAGACUGUGCGAAGACGUGAGGGACGGUUGCUUGCCGGUGAUGAGUGCUUUUGGCUUCCCGUGGCCAGAAAUGUUCAACUGUAGCCGGUUUCCUAGUGGCGCGGGGCUCUGCAUCCCCGGCGUCCGAGAUGCUGGGCGCGCGGACGCCACCGAGUACACAGGAACCGUCAUCUGUGAGGCGUGCAGCCCGGCGGCUGAAACAGAGAAGGAAGUUCAGGAGAACUUCUGCAAGAGUCAGUUUGCCUUCAGGCUGCGUGUGGCAUCGUCAUCGCUGGUUGGGACGGACCUGCGCGUGGUACCCCAAGGGCGGAGCCGGGUACUGCGAUGGGGAGGCGGGGAGCAGGAGCAGCAGGCGGCGACGCAACAGAGCGCCCUCUGGCUGCCGGAGGCCAGAAAUUGUUCGUGUCAGGCACUGGAGGGUCAGCUCUCAGGUUCUUUCCUGGCCCUUGGCGACAUGCAGGGGGGCAGGAUGGUUCUGUCCAAACUGGUGAAGUGGCCUCAUGGCGAGAAAGAGCUGAAGAAGUUUAUCAGGAGUCUCCUCAGGCAGCCAUGCUGA